AUGAACCUAACCACCCUGGAAACGUACUCCUGUGCGUCAUAUCAUUGUAUCUUCUCCUGCGGAAUCUCCGUCUCCAUGGCACUCCUGGCUCAUACGGCCAUCAUGAGCUAUGGCUCCAUCCUCGGCCUCGUCAUUGCUCUCUUCGUGGCAUCCGCCCAAGCCAAGAUCAUCAACGAGUGUGUUCUUAUAGACUCUGACGGAUCGUCGGUGGGCGAUCAGUCCGGGUUCAGCGCAGGUCGAAAGGAAGCCACAGACUGGGUGGGUGAGCCGGAUAUGCGAGGCUCCAUGACCAUCGUCACUACCUGUCUCGUCACAUUAGGCCUGUGCGUUUGGACUUCAAUACAUGUGAAUGUUCAAAUCAAUCAGCUACCUUUCUAUCGGCUCAGGCACAAGAUAAAGACCUCUCUCACGGCGCUGCUAUUCCCCAACCUUGUAGUGCAGAGAGCCCAUGAUGAGUGGGCAGAGAUGACACGGCUGUACGAAGCUUUGGCAAAUGUAAAACACAUACACGAAACGACAAAGGAAGCCGCAGUCGAGAAGUCAGAGAAAAAUUCGACGACCCACUCAGAAUCGGUCGAGGGUCCGUCGCUGAAGAAAUGGUUCAAGAGAUGCAUUGGAAUGCUCCCAAAGGAUCCAAAAGCCAACCCCAACUAUCCCUUCAGCAAAGAGGUUUGUUUCUUUGUCGUUAUGCACGGCUUCAUCAGGAAAGUGAGCGAGGAGAAGGGCGGGGGGGACCGGCCCCUGCCUAACAUCAUCACCCCCGAGGACUUCUUCAACGCCUAUGCCAGAAACCCUGAAGAAUUCCCUAAGAUGAUCAAGGAGAAGGAGAUCCUCGACAAAGGCAACGCAAGUAACAUUGCAAAGCUCAUUAUCCUCGCACAGGUCACCAAGAUGGUGUUGCAAAUGAUUGGCCGGAAGGCCAUGAACCUGUCUGUUGCGGUGCUUGAGCUCCACAUAUUUGUCCACAUUCUCAUUACUGGUCUACUCUACUCGUAUUGGUGGUAUAAGCAGCUUGACGUCAACGAACCUAUGGUACUCGAUAUCGGUGAGCGGUACUGGGCCCCAGACCCUAUGUGGAGUCAUCACUCGGAAGAGGCUCUCCAGCCCACAGAAUGGUUCAAACGCUUCAGGCAAAGACACCAGCCAUUACUACGGUUCGGGAUUCAAUACCCAGGAAAGAUAUCUGCAGACGAUAAAACGGAGAUACCGAAUCCCGCUAUCCAUUGGAGUCUUGCGGUCAAUCAAAUUAAUGCGAUGCGUUUCAAACGUACCACCGGCAGGCUGGAAUCUGCCAACCCCCUUGAGCCACUCAAUACCCCCCCGUCCCGGAUAGAGAAAGAUCAGGAAGCACUACGGAACCAAGUUACCACCGGAGACGUCAAGACGGACCCGAUCACGACAGACUCCUCCUCCUCCCCCGCCCCAAAGGACUACGCUCUAGAGCCUCGAAGUGGCUGUGCAGCUAUCCCCAAAGGCCUUAAUAGAAGGACCAAGUUUGAAAGAAAUAGACGUGCUAUGUGGUUCUACAUUGUCUAUGCAGGCUUACACGCCACUGUUUGGAGCCAUUGGUACUUUCCGACUCAUGAAGAAAAGUGGAUCUGGCGAGGUGCUUGUAUCGGGGUAGCGAGCGUGCCUGUAUUGGUUGUAGUGCUUGCAUACUUGAAAACUCUGUGGAAGGGAAGACGCGAAAAACCAGACGCAAUCGAAACUGCGGAGAACGGCGGAAAGACGGGUGAGCACGAGAAAGAAAAGAAAAAGAAGAAAUUCAAGGCCAAGAAAAGUCUGUUGAAAAGGUUGUUCACCCUUAAAGGGUUUCUGGAGUUGGUAUAUCUCAUCGCAUCAUUUGCAUUGUUAGCAGAGUCAUUUGCCAUCCUCCGGGCGGAGGAUAUCAGGACAUAUGAGAUCAGGUCGUGGACCGCAGAUCUGCCCGGAGUCAGCUAA